AUGGCUUCGGCAGCGUCCAAGCGCCUCGCCGGCAAGACCAUCCUCAUCACAGGCGCAUCGUCCGGCAUUGGCCGCUCCACUGCCCUGGAGUUUGCCCGCACAAGCCCCCAAGACUUGCGCCUCGUGCUCGCCGCCCGCCGCGUGGACGCUCUCCGCGACAUCGCCGACCAGAUCCGCAACGAGGUUGGCCAGGGCGUCAAGGUUCUUCCCGCCAAGCUUGACGUCAGCAAUGCAGAUGAGGUUCGCGGCUUUGUCGCCAGUCUGCCCGAGGAGUGGAGGGACAUUCAUGUCCUCGUCAACAACGCUGGCCUCGUCAAGGGCGUGGCGCGCCCCCCGGACAUCGACGAGCAGGACAUGGAUAUUGUCUUCUCAACGAAUGUGACUGGCCUCAUCAACAUGACCCAGGCCGUUCUCCCCAUCUUCCAGAAUCGACCAGACGGUGGUCAGGGGGACAUCAUCAACGUCGGCUCCAUUGCUGGCCGAGAGGCGUAUCCCGGUGGCUCAAUCUAUUGCGCAAGCAAGGCCGCCGUCCGAAGCUUCACCGAAACCUUGAGGAAGGAGCUUAUCGCCACCAGAAUCAGGGUCAUUGAGAUCGAUCCCGGUCAAGUCGAGACUGAAUUCUCUCUGGUAAGGUUCUACGGCGACAAAGCCAAGGCCGAUGCCGUAUAUGCUGGCGUUGAACCGCUUACCCCCGACGACAUUGCCGAAGCCAUCGUCUUCACCGCCACUAGACGGGAGAACGUAGUCAUUGCCGAUACCCUCAUCUAUCCCAACCACCAGGUCAGUGUAUAUCGCCACUACGCCAUUCUGCUCGGAUAA